UCACUUUCUUUGCCUUGUACCUGCCGUACCUGUCCUGUACCUUACGUAGCUAAGGAAAAAAAACAAAGCUCUUUUCUCCUUGUCUUUAAAGGAUUAGGCUGUGCGUGCUGUGCGUUCCGUUGAUAAAUGAGCUGCAUCUCCUCCCACCUUGUCUGUCCCGGUCCCUUGUCUCUUCUCCCCCAAACUUUGUCUCUUACACCGAAACACAAUCAAUCAGUCACUUUGAUACGUCGCAUUUACAACCGAAUCGAUCCCGCCAACGAUCAAGCGAAUUUGCAUUAGACUAUUGAGUUCGCAAUCAUCAUCUUCUUCGAAUACGAUUUGCUUGUAGGCUCCAUCGCAUCGCUUCUUUCACUCGAUCACCAUUGUCAUUGCGCCUCGACUCAACAGAACCCGACGAGUCUUUCGCGGGGGCCUAAACAAUUCCCCAGAACCCAUCUCUUCCUUCCAGAGCAGUGCAGUCGCCACAAUGAAGGAUUCAAGCGACAAGCAAUGGGCCAAGGCUUACAUUCUUGACCCAUUAAACGACAUCGAACCAAACCAAGACACCGGUAUCGGCGCAUCUCACAACCUUGCUGCUCAACUUCGAGGCAUUUCUCUUGAGGGCUCGAGUUCAAACUCAAACAGAAACCGCUCUCCCGAGAGAAAGCACAAGCACAAAUCAAGCCAUUCAAGUCAUAGACAUCGCCAAGGCAACUAUCCUACUCCGCCAACAUCUGCCAGCCCAACCCGCGACAGCUUUCAUUCCUCGAACCCUUUCUCCGACGCUGCAGCUGCGCGCCGUCAAUCUUCAGCUCCAUCAGUGACCGUAUCCCCCCCGGAUUCUCCCCCAGGUCCAUCCGAUACUCGUCGUGUCCCAUUCAGCUCCUCUGUCAAUCGGUCGGCCAGUGCUAGAGUUCCGCCCCCACGUAAUAGACCCCAAGUUCAACACAACCGCAGCUUCAGUACCAGCAAUUGCGGAGUUUCACGCCAACGCUCACUGAUCCAACGAUACCCAGGCGACAUGUCUCACCGUCCUCUCGACAUCCUUAGAAAGGAGGCUCGCGCGGCCGAUCGGGCCCCCCAUCUUCGUCGCAAGCAAAUGCCCAUGACAGACACAAUUGAUGCUCUGGAUACCAUUGGCGGGAUGUAUCAUCAUGGCGGUCCCUAUGACGCCACUCUGGCUAGCCGCAACCGCAACAAGAUGUAUUCACCCGUUGCCGCUGUUGAAGACUCGAACCGAGAAGCUCUUCGAGCUACUCCCAGAGAAAAUAUCCAAGAUUCUCUACUCAAGAAGAUGCCCCUUCAAGGCACUGCUGAUAUUCCCAGCGGCGAGCGGGACAUCAGUGGCAACACCAUCGAUUACGAGGAGGGUGCUGAUCUCAUGAGAGAGCCUGACGCUGUCGGUGGCGCAUACAAGCGUUGGGAUGGCAUUCAAUACCAUCCCGAUGACCUCAAGGGCAAGGGCGAGCCCUCUUACACCUAUGAGAAGGACCUCAAAGAGCAAAAACGCAUUCGCCGGGGUGAACCCGUCGAGUACGAGCUCUCAUCAAACAUGCGAGGCAGCAGACGUCCACCAUUCAGCCACAACCGAAGCUUCAGCGAGAAUCCACGAACAACCCCUGAAUUCUCAAACGACACUGACAUUCGCCGCAACAACUCAACAGGCCGACACCGCCUCAGUGAUGGUAUCCGACGACGUUUCGGUAGCAUGCGACGCAAGAAGGCUGAGGUCGAGUAAAUGCCUUGAACUUUGUGAUACUCCUUUGUGAUUUUAACUUGGAUUGGUACUGGCGUUUUCUUCUGGGAUACAUAUAUAUGGGAAAAGGUUUCUUGGGCGAGCAAUGACGUUUAAAGAUCAGUCAAGGAUUGAUGAGACGGGCGCUUUAGGAUGUAUGUUUGGUUAUGGCCAGUUCCGAUUUAUGGAAGAAACAGACUUGGGAAAACAAAAGUCGUUUACUAUUCAUUUGCUUUGUUCUUUUCUUUACUUGUAAAUGGGUCUCAGCAUGCAUAUAUACAGCUGUGUUUGUACUGUCACCCCUUGAAAAGACACAAUCAUUUGACAUUCAUGUACGAGGUUCCAGAAUGGCCACGAGGCAAUGUAGAAAUAAAC